UCUAGUUAGUUAGUUAUCCUAUUUCAUUUCAUAUUUACGGUGCUGUUGUUAUUAUUCAGCUGGCGGGCUGGUUAAGUUAGCAUUAGCCUAGCUAGCUAACAUCUCCGACCAUGAGUUCACUAAAUUACUCUCUUCCUGCUGAAGAAGAGACGGUCUGCUGGGCGGAGAAAGAAGCUCUCAUCAAAGAGGAGGAGGAAGAGAAGGAUGUUACAAUACAAAAACAAGUAGAGGGUGAGGCUGUUACAUGGAAAGAAGAAGAGAAAGACGUUUCAGUGAAAGAAGAGGAAGACGCGUUCAGAGUGAAAGAGGAGGAGGAUGUUACAGUGAAAGAGGAGGAGGGUGUUACAGUAAAAGAUGAGGAGGAUUCACUUUUUGAAGUGAAAGCGGAGGAGGGGGAGAAUACGGUCUCAUCGGAAGAAGAGGAGGAGGAAACUGGAUAUCUGGGCCCGAUUUCCCAAACGCAAUUUAAGGCAUCCAGUGGUUCUAAAGAUGAACUUAGCCAUAAGAUGGUUUUGAGAAACCGGGCCGUGAUUACCACUGGAGAGAUACGGGACUAUAGUGGAUCCUCUGGGGAGCCUCAACAACAACAUGAUGCUGAAGAGGCAGAGAAGAGUCUCUCCACAUCAGAACACCUCAAGAAACACCCGCAGAGACCCACAGGGAAGAAAUCUCACCGCUGCUCUGACUGUGGGAAGAGAUUAAACUCCUCAGUAAAACUUAAAAUACAUCAAAGAAUUCACACAAGAGAGAAACCAUAUAGCUGUGCUCAAUGUGGGAAGAGUUUUGUUAAAUCUAGCCAGCUGACUUCACACCAGAGAACACACACAGGAGAGAAACCUUAUAGCUGUGGUCAAUGUGGGAAGAGUUUUAGUCAAUCUGGAGAUCUGACAGUGCACCAGAGAAUACACACAGGAGAGAAACCUUAUAGCUGUGGUCAAUGUGGGAAGAGUUUUAGUCAAUCUGGAGAUCUGACAGUGCACCAGAGAAUACACACAGGAGAGAAACCAUUUAGCUGUGAUCAAUGUGGGAAGAGUUUUUCUUCUUCUAGCCAUCUAAAUAUACACCAGAGAACACACACAGAAGAGAAGCCUCUUAGCUGUGGUCAAUGUGGGAAGCGUUUUAGUCAAUCUGGAGAUCUGACAGUGCACCAGAGAAUACACACAGGAGAGAAACCGUUUAGCUGUGAUCAAUGUGGGAAGAGUUUUGUUCGAUCUGGCUAUCUGACAAUGCACCAGAGAAUACACACAGGAGAGAAACCUUAUAGCUGUGGUCAAUGUGGGAAGAGUUUUAGUCAAUCUAGCUCUCUGACAGUGCACCAGAGAAUACACACAGGAGAGAAACCUUUUAGCUGUGAUCAAUGUGGGAAGAGUUUUUCUACUUUUGGCUAUCUAAAUAUACACCAUAGAACACACACAGGAGAGAAACCUCUUAGCUGUGGUCAAUGUGGGAAGAGUUUUAGUCAAUCUAGCAAUCUGACAGUGCACCAGAGAACACACACAGGAGAGAAACCGUUUAGCUGUGAUCAAUGUGGGAAGAGUUUUUCUACUUCUAGCUAUCUAACUAUACACCAUAGAACACACACAGGAGAGAAACCUUAUAGCUGUGAUCAAUGUGGGAAGAGUUUUUCUACUUCUACCUAUCUAAAUAUACACCAUAGAACACACACAGGAGAGAAUCUGUUUAGCUGUGAUCAAUGUGGGAAGAGUUUUUCUACUUCUCGCUAUCUAACUAUACACCAGAGAACACACACAGGAGAGAAACCUUAUAGCCUAACAUCCCCGAACAUGAGGUCAGUAAGCUUCUGCCCUCCUGCUAAAGAAGAGGAAGUCUGCUGGACGGAGAAAGAGGGUCUGGGGCUGAACAUUGUUGUGAAAGAGGAGGAAGAGGAGGCUGUUUUUGGUAUGAAAGAGGAGGAGGGGGAGAUUACUGUCACAUUGGAGGAAGAAGAGGAGGUUGGAGAUCUGUUUAACCCCAGAGAGAUACGGGACUAUCGUGGAUCCUCUGGGGAGCCUCAACAACCUCAUGAUGCUGACGAGGCAGAGAAGAGUCUCUCCAGAUCAGAACACGUCAAGAAACACCAGCGGAAAUCCACAGGGAAGAAAUCUCACUGCUGCUCUGACUGUGGGAAGAGAUUCACCUCCUCAUCAGGCAUUAAAAUUCAUCAGAGAAUCCACACAGGAGAGAAACCUUAUAGCUGUGAUCAAUGUGGGAAGAGUUUUUCUACUUCUGGCUAUCGGACAGUGCACCAGAGAACACACACAGGAGAUAAACCUUAUAGCUGUUAUCAAUGUGGGAUGAGUUUUGCUGCAUCUAGUGAUCUGACAGUGCACCAGAGAACACACACUGGAGAGAAACCAUAUAGCUGUGAUCAAUGUGGGAAGAGGUUUACUAAAUCUAGCAGUCUGACUAAACACCAGAGAACACACACAGGAGAGAAACCUUAUACCUGUGAUCAAUGUGGGAAGAGUUUUACUACAUCUGGCUCUCUGACUUUACACCAGAGAACACACACAGGAGAGAAACCUUAUAGCUGUGAUCAAUGUGGGAAGAGUUUUACUACAUCUGUCUCUCUGACUUUACACCAGAGAACACACACAGGAGAGAAACCUUAUAGCUGUGAUCAAUGUGGGAAGAGUUUUUGUCAAUCUGGCCAACUGACAGUGCACCAGAGAACACACACAGGAGAGAAACCUUAUAGCUGUGAUCAAUGUGGGAAGAGUUUUGCUACUUCUGGCUAUCUGACAGUGCACCAGAGAAUACACACAGGAGAUAAACCUUAUAGCUGUUAUCAAUGUGGGAAGAGUUUUGCUGCAUCUAGCUCUCUGACAGUGCACCAGAGAACACACACAGGAGAGCCAAUGUAUAGCUGUGACCAGAGAUAAUCUGAUAAAAGAUCUCUGACUAAUCAUCAGAAAAUACAUGAAGGAGUUGUUUCAUGAUAUCAAUUAAAUGAUGUCACAAUGUAGAAUGAUGUAACAUUGUAGUAGGAGUAUUUUAAUGAUGUCACAAUGUAGAACCCUAAACGUUUGUCCCCUGUUCUAUUGAUUUCAACAUGAUAUGGAUAUUAGCCUCAGGGGGGAAAUCCAGGCUCUGAAUUAAAAGAGUACUAUUUUUGAGAUUUAGUAAGUACACAUUAUUCCCAGAUUCCGUGUGGUUUUUGAGCUGUUAGUUUUAACAGGACGUGCAACCUCAUCUCCCUCCUGUCACAUAAAUGAUUUUAGCAUGAUAUCGAUUAGUUAUGACAAAUAAGUGUUGCGUUCUUUUGUUUAGCGACCCCCUACAUUUAAAUGCAUUCCAACAUCACGUACAACCUGAUUUCCCCCCUAAUUGAUAUCAGUGAUUUAUUGCUACUUGUCAAAACAACACUGUUUCUGGUGCUUGUGCAGUUUAUAAGGAGCUUGUUUAAAAAAAUACAAUAAAUAUGAUUAUUGUGGCAGAUGUUUGUGUAAAUAGCACAUGUUAUGUUUAGGU